AUGUCAUUCAGACAAAAACAAAUUGAUAUUUAUAAUAAUGAUAGAUUAAAAAAAGAAGAUUUAUUUGAAAAAGAAAAGAGAUUGCCAGAUGAAAUACGGGAAGAUAUAUCUAAAAGAACACCAAUAUUACUUGGAAUGAUUUUACAAGGAAAAGCAGUAGAAGCAUUAAUUCAAGCAUUAAUUAAUCCUCCAUAUGGAGAUGUCGACGAUGCUAAGAAACGGCAUAUGGAUACAAUCUUUGAACUUCUUUCAUCAAUAAAACCCAAUGAAAUUCCUAAUGUAAUAAAAACUCUUAAUACAGAACAACAAGAUGUAUUAAUGAAAUAUUUAUACAAGGGAUUUACAGAUCCUAAAUCAUAUAAUCCAGCAAUUCUUUUAAAUUGGCAUGAAAAACUAGUAAAAACAGCUGGAUAUGGAUGCAUUGUACGAAGUGCGCUCACAGACAUGCGGACUGUCUAA